GAAAAUUUGUGAAUCAAGACUUCAUUAUCACAUGGUGUUGAGGAACGAGAUCGUCAUGUGUGACCCUCAUUGCUUUCAAAGUAGAUUUGGAAUUUCAACACAAGCUGCCAGCAGAUUUCACUGAAAUUUGAAAAAAGUGUGUUCACUUGAUGAAGUGGUAAUUACUUUUGUCAUGGUUGACCUUGGCAGUAGUUGUGCAUGUUUGAUUUAGGAACUGUUCAAAAGGAAAAGGGCUGACAGGUGUUCAUCUUGAUGGCAGAAAGUAUGAAACGAGAAACAUCUGCAGGGAUUGACAGAAUAUGACAUCUUGAUCUGGCACGAUAUGCUUCAUUCAGAUAUUGGGCAAGCCAAGGCACUGCUGUAAUACAGGAAGGCCGACAACACUUAUACAGACAGAAUGGACUUUCGAGGAAUCUUGGUCCAAAACAUUUCAGUUAACAGUUCAAGAUCUUCAAAGUUGAAGACAUACUUGGAUGUUCAACUAUAGUUGUAGUCACAUAAGUGCAGUGGCUUUGUGUUAGAAUUUGGUGUCAGGACUAAAACCCAUGGACUGAUAACGGUUUAGUGUCGGGACUUAAGACCGGAGGACUGACAACCACACCAUUACAACUGAGUGACAUCAGACAUGCAAUCCUGGCACAGACCACCAAUUUCUUUAUUCCCAAGGAAAUGUCACCAGACAUGGUUCUACGAUUCAUAUAAGGAUGUAGAAAGACUUGAGCUGGAUUUAAGUGUUAUGGAGGUGGCUGAGUUUGCUAUCAAUUAUUAAUUUGUUAUUCUUACGGAAUCUAACAUGGAUAGUAACCAAACCUAAAAACACAAGCAAUGGAGAAAACAUCAAAUCUGUGGCAUCACAUCUUGUGAAUUUGCCUGCUCUAGUUUCAAGUGGUCCAAAAGUUUAGGAAUGUAUCUCCUGCACCUUGUGUGUACAAUUUGUUUUUUUUUUUUUUAAAUUUUGAAAUAAUUUCUAUAGACUGUGAUGACAUGCUUUCUUCAAACUUCUUAAGAUUUUUCUACUUUGAUUGUUUUUUAUUAUAAUUUAUCUACAUUGUUGGGAUGAAUCACCUUUUUAAUCUUUGAAGGUUUUAUAUGUUGUCCUCAGUCUCUCAGCUGUUGAUUAUAAAUGGUUCCUUAGCUCCAAGCUAUAGAACUUUCUUUUCUUCAAAUAUAUUUCUGAAAUAUGUAUCUAUUUUAUCGCGGGCGGUAACGGUAUUGCAGUUCUUUGAUUGAUUUUUGAAAUUUUGAUUGACAUAAAUGUUUUAGGCAUCAGUGAGAUAUCUGUAAAAAUAUCAUGAAUAAUUUUAAGAUUUAAAUGUAGCAAAGAAAGCUAACUAAAACUUGAUAAUGAUUUGAAAAGGAAGAGGUUGUGAUUUAAACUCAUUACUUAAUGCCAAAUCAAAUUUGACUAAGUAAAAGUUUUUUAAUCAUAAUAUUUACUCGAUACUGUUAUUGUAAAUGCAGUUGUCAAUACUGAACGUAAUGACUAGAAAUACAAUAAAAGUAUAAAUUACUUUAAAUAUAUAUUUUAAAUUAAUUAUGAAAUUAAUAUAAAUCAUUGCAGGAAAAUGAAUUGUAUGUUAUAUUGCAUUAGGGCAUAUGAUAAAGUACUGUUACUUUGACAUUUGCUACCAAGCAUUCAAUGUCAGCAAACCUAAUUAUCAAUUUAGAAUUGAAAAUAUCAUUUUAAUUUUAUUGACCUUUUAAGAAAUGUUUGUCAAAUAUUUCUCUCUACUUUGUGUCAAACGAAUCUACAAUUUCGCAAAAUUUCAAAAUUAUUUUCCAAUUUACCAUCAACUUAAUGUUAGUUAUCACAGUAUUAAUAAUUGUUAAGAAUUUUUUUUAAAUAUGUCUUUUAUAUAUGUGGAGAAUCAAACUGCUCAGAUUUCAAUCAUUUUGGAAUACCAUUAGCCUGAGUUAGUGUUAGUGAAUUAACCAUGGAUAUACCGGAGACUGUGUUGAACAGCUUGUCAGAGAAGUUUCUCCCCGGCAGUAUGGGUAUGAACUUUCCAUCUGCUGACAACCUGUCCAUGGGAUCCUCCAUGGACUACCCUUCUCAAGACCGUCUUGGGGCAAGAGGAAACACAAAUUAUUCCCUUGCGGAUCCAUUGUCCACUAGUUCAGGGCCAGGUCUGGACUAUUCUCUGCAUGGACGGUUAGUUCAGAAUUCGGCAUCAAAUUAUGUGGAUCGUCAGGCAUCUGGUGGGAAUACUGACUACUCCCUGCCGGAAAGGUUACAAUCUACAGCAGGGCCUACCUUCAUGCCUGAUCGCCUGACUCAAGGAGGAAGUGCCACCAGUUACACUGCUUCAGAAAGACUCACUCCAGGGGCCACUGCCACAAACUACUCUCUCUCAGAGCGUCUCACACCAGGUAGUAUUUCAAAUUUUGCUGUUCCUGAAAGGUUAACAGCUGGAGUAGGCACAAACUAUAAUUUGUCGGAGAGGCUGACUCCGAAUGCAGCAUCAUCAAAUUAUGCCCUGUCAGACAGGCUCACUCCAUGCUCUGGUUCAAAUUAUAGUUUAUCUGACCGUGGACUACAAACCAACAAUCCUGAAGCAGAUUACCCUUCACUUCGGGAUGGAUUGUCAGCCAAUCUAGCAGCAGAAUUUUCCAAUAGACCCACAUCUAGUACAAAUAGCUAUGCUUCCACUUUAACUGAAAGACAUCAUAGUGCUACCAACAACACAUUUGCUCACUCUGAAAGACUUACUCCCAAUUCUAACUAUCCUGAUAAUAUGGCCAGUGCAAAUCCAGACUUUUCACUCUCAGAUCGUUUGACACCAUCUGAAGGUGCUAGCUACACUUUAUCUCAGAGGAUACAAAACCCAGUAUAUUCUAAGCAGAACCGAAUCUCUACCAGUUCUGCGUCUUCUCACUAUGCCAACACAACUGGUGGUCCAGUGCCACCUAGUGCUCACACUGUUCAGCAGCCACCUGCAGCCCAUUCCAGCCACAGUGGUCCUCAAAAUGCUCAUAGUGGUAUAAACUACAGUCUUCAGCAUGGGUUGCUUACAACUGCCAGCUCCACCUAUCCUACAUCAGGUUUACUGCCAAGCAGUGAAGGAGGCUCCUAUCCCUCGACCCAGCCAAAACAGUUGUCAACCACAUCCAACUCUCCCUACUCUCGAGGGCCCCCAUCAGGUGAUGGCAGUGCCAGCUAUUCAUUGUCUGAAAGUGUGGACCCUCGAUUUCUUAGUCUACCCCCGGGAAGCAGACUUCCCCCUGGAGCAGGAUCAUUUACAAGCUCUGAGGGCACAAUAGAUGCAGGGAGUCCUUAUUCAUAUUAUCAGCACCAGGGCAAAAUGUCACCAGUAUUAAACCCAGAGUUCAUGUAUUCUCUGCAAGGAAGACUCCCAAUGACCUCUAGUCCAUCAGUAUAUGGACAUCCAGAUACUUUGACACAGAGUGCAAACUCCUACUACUCGCAACUGGAGAAACUACCAGGUUGUGGAAGUCCUUACUACCCAAUGAUGGACAGGGGGGCCCCAGUGGCCAACAGCUACUACAUGUCACAACAACGCCAGCUACAAUAUGGCCAGUUUCCACCAGGAAUGAUGCCAUAUGGACAACAACAACCUUCAAAUUAUGAUGACCUCGUGAAACAUCAACAGGGCUACGGCAAAAGUCCGGAAAAACGCAGCAAGGGAUAUGGAAAACGUAAGAUGAAAGAGGAAGAUCCAGAUGGUGAUGACGAUUAUGACUAUAGUUUGUGUAAUCAUUGGUACAUGGUUUCAGAACACCGAACAGAAGCACCAUUUGAGAAUAAUUUAGUAAAAACUUCCGAAAAAUCUCAGGAUGAUACAGAAUCAAAGGAUGGUGAAGUGAAAAGUGUUGCUAUUAAACAGGAACCAGAAACAAGACGACCAAUUUUGACAAUAUUUAACUUUUCCGUUUUAGAUGGGGAAUAUUCUCUCUCUGACCAAUAUUUGAUGCUCGAACAAAAGUUAUGUAAUCAACUUCGCGGGAUCCAGUUUCAGAAACCUGUUUCCCAUAUCUACAAUCCACUAGUGUACGCUUUUGAGACUCAUGCAGACUUUGUCAGAAGGUUCACCAACAAACAGAAACCUAUACUUUUCCUUGGGAUGAACCCUGGGCCUUUUGGGAUGUCUCAGAAUGGAGUACCAUUUGGUGAGGUGGGGACUGUGCGAGACUGGCUCGGUAUACAGGGCACUGUGCACAAACCAGCGCGGGAACAUCCCAAGCGACCUGUAAUGGGGCUAUCCUGCCAUCGCUCAGAGGUUAGUGGCUCAAGGUUUUGGGGAUUUUUCAAGAACUACUGCAAGUCUCCAGAGAAUUUUUUUAGGAACUGCCUUAUCCAUAACAUGUGUCCACUGGCAUUCAUGGCACGAUCAGGGCGAAACCUUACUCCCCCAGAGCUUUUUGUCUGGGACAGAAACAUGCUGACUCAAGCGUGUUCUGCUGCGUUGCUUGAACUCAUUGAUAUGUUCAAUGUCCAGGUCAUUGUUGCUAUAGGGCGUUAUGUUGAAGCACGAGCUCUUCAAGCACUGAAGGAGGCGAAUAUAACAAAUAUCAAAGUUCACUGUCUCCAACACCCAAGUCCGCUGAACCCGCAGGCAAAUAAGGGCUGGGACAGUAUCGCAAUGAGAACUUUACAGGAGUUCGACCUCUUGCAUUACAUUGUUCCUGAACAACCACCUACCAACGAACAUCCCCAAGAAUAAUCCAUAUUGUACAGAGAUCUUAGGGCUUGAGAAAUUUCACUGAAAAGGAUUUGUCGAAUCAUGAUGGUAUCCAUAUGAAGAGACAAAUGACUGUCAGGUUGCAGUAAUAGAAUUUUGUUACAUUAAAAAAAACAUAAUAAGAACAUUGUAUAAAUGUAUCACAUUUUAGUUAGAAAUUAUACAUGUAUUUCGUCCAUAAGAUGAACAUAAAUCCAAAGUAAUUUUUUUUAGUUACAUGUCUUUAUACUUUUUCUUGUGAUCAAGUGAUUCUGUUCUUGUUUUACAUGUUUGUAUGUCA